AUGCCGCCCGCUUUUUGGCCCAUUCCUACGUUGUGGGUAUGUGCCAAGGAUCGUCACCGCGAGCGGUCGAAGAAUCAAGUUCCGUCCGGGCUCGAGCCCCCCGCGCUGGCAGCCAUCGCCAGAAGAAGCUCGACCAUGGAGCGAGACGCACCCUCCCGUCCGCUCGCAGGGGCGUCCGUCGCCAGCCGCCGGCACCUGCUGCCGGCAGCCGGCGCGACGCACUUGCCGCGUCGCCCGGCACCCGACGACCAGCCGACCGAGGACCUCAUUCCGAUGGGCGAAGGACGCUUUCAGGCGAUGGUCAUGGUGGCCUCGACGCUGGCCGGCACCGCCUUCCUGCUGCACCUGAUCAGCUUCCGGGCGACGACGCGCGUCAUGGACCACUGGUGCCGGCCGCCGGACGCCUUCGCCAACCUGAGCGCCGCCGAGUGGCGCAGCACGGCCAUCCCCGUCGAGGCGGACGGCAGCCGGAGCCGGUGCACGCGGUUCGAGCCCCCGGACGGCGGCUCGCGCGCCCGCGUGGUGCCCUGCGACGCGUGGGACUUCGACACGGAGCGCUACGGCAACAACGCGGUCAGCGAGUGGCGCCUGGUGUGCGACCGGCGCUGGCUCGUCGAGCUGGCCCUGCUCGUGUACGUGGCCGCCUGCGUGCUGUUCCUGCCGCUGGCCGGCGCGGCGGCGGACCGCGUCGGCCGCCGCCGCGUCAUGCACGCCUCGCUCGCCGCGCUCGUGACGGCCGGCUUCGCCACCAGCCUGGCCAACUCGUACCUGCUGUUCGUCGCGCUGCGCAUUGUCGUGUCGGCUGCCAGCAACGUCCUCUGCCUCGUCCUGUACGCCGUGCUCUACGAGGUGACGACCCCCGCACGCCGUGACCGCUACUGCUUCGCGGCCGCAGCCGGCGCGUCGGUGGCCGCGCCGCUGUCGAUGCUGCUGCUGUCGCGGCUGCGGCUGGGCUGGGAGGCCCUGCACCUGGCGCUGAUGGCGCCCACGUCGGCGCUGGCGCUCGCCUACUGCAGCGUGGGCAGCGAGUCGCCCGCGUGGCUCGUCCGGGCGUGGAACGCGCGCGAGGCCGAGACCGUGGCCCUGCGCGCUGCCCGCAUCAACGGGGCCCCGCUCGACGAGUGCCGCGCCUGGUUCGCGCGCGAGACGCGGCGGCGCGACAGCGAGGUGCCGCUGCUGCUCUUCGACCAGAGCCCGCUCGCCAUCUUCGCGCCGGACGUGCGAGGGAGCCUCGUGCUGCUCUCGUACAUCUGGGCCGCCACCAGCUUCGCCUUCAAUCAGGUGAACCUGAACGACAUCCUUCCCGUGAAGAGCGCGCUCGCGGCCGCGGGCAUCGUGUGUAUGGUGCCCAUGUACGGCGCGGCGUACGCCUGCUGCGUGCGCUUCGGCGCCCGGCGCUCCAACGUGGUGGCGGGGCUGGCCUUCAGCGCGCUCGCCGUCGCGCUGGCCGCCACGCACGGGCACCAGCUGCAGAGAGUGAGCGUGGCUCUCGUCGUCGUGCUGCGCAUGCUCGGAAACCUGGUAUUCGUGCUGGCUUUCGUGGUCACCGUGCGCCAGUACCCGGUGGCCGCCCGCUGCACCGGCCUCUGCUGGGGAUUCGCACUCGGCCGCCUCACCGGACCGCUGGGCGAGGUGCUGUUCCGGCUGGCGCCCCUGCACCGGCGCGACAUCGCCGUGUGCGUGGUGGCCAUCUGCAUGGCGCUGGCGGCCGUGGCCACCGAGUACCUUCCCGUCGCGGGCCUGCUGUCCGCCUCGGGCCGCGUGGAGGGCGCGCCGGGCGGCGCGGUGCCCGUCGCGGCGUACCCGUCGCGCAGGGUCAGCCUGGCCACCGCCGACGAGCGCCGCCGCUCCAUGCAGGACUCGCUCGUGCCUCUGCCCAAGGGCCCGCACAGGGAGCGUCGCCGGCCGCGGUCGUCUGUCGACGACCGACUGCCCGAGCAGUACUCCGUCAGGGUCUCCGGCAGCAUGUCGCUGCCCUCCACGUCCUCCGUCAGCCGCCACUGA